CCUGCACAUAUAGGCCGCACAUAUACGCCUUGUUUGACAAUAAUGCGUCCUGACGAAGAGACACGGGAUAUAUUGUGCGCUAUCCCAAAGAUGUUCAGUAUGGGGGGUAUACUGGAGGUUGCAAUUAAAACAUCAUACGAAGACGAUGGGGAGAAGAUGCCGUUGAAGGGCAAGGUGGCCUUGUUCUCCUGCAAGAUGAUCGUCAACUACUUGUACUCCACGUGGCUCUUGUCGCUCCUCUAUGGCAUCUACCUCCGCCCGUACGCUGUCCGGCCAAACGUGGACGCCGCCGCCCUCGCGGCCUUUGACCUCGCCCCGGACAACAUGCUCCGCUACGACCUCGCCGCCAACAUCACCUUCUUCAACGACCACCGGGUCUGGGCCAUCCGCUUCAACCACUUCUCCGCGAGCCUCUACUUCAACGGCACCAAGCUCAGCCCGCCCGACGACACCUUCCCAAAGUUCAAGGGCAGACUGCGCCGGCACCGCACCGUGCACCCCGUGCUGCGCGGCCGCGCCAGCAACGUCAGCGCCGCCGUGGCGGAGGAGUUCUCCUGGCAGCGAGCGCAGGGGUGGUUCACCGUCGAACUCAGGCUCAGGGCCACGUUGACUUAUCUCGUAUGGCCCACACGGCACGUCUACUACUAUGAGUACGACUGCUGGCUACCUUUCCCAAGCAACACCACGCUGGCGGUGAUCGGCGGCGUCAAGUGCAGCAAGGGCAAACGGUUUGGGCUUUCCUGAUUUAUCUUGCACAGUAUGUCGCGCGGCUAGUUUUUUGGUUUCAAUGCUAAGUCAGUACUGUCGGCAAUGUAUCGCGGUGAAAACAAGCUGCUCAUAUUAUAUUUCGGUAUUGCUAUUUCUAAGAUUUCUCGGUCAAUUGAUUGUUCUUGCU